AUAGCAGGCCCAAUAGUUUCAACGGGCCGGAUCACAAAACCAACCCGAGAAUUCCAGUCUCCGGGUUAUCCAAAAACCCUAAACCCUCAAAACGAAUCAGAAUUUCUUCUGGAACCUUCUCUUUCACCCUUAUCCUUUCUCUUUCGAUUCACUGCACCACCUCCGCCGCAGCACCACCGUCCACCAACGCCGCCGCCGCCAUGUACCGUCUCGCCGCCAACCUCGCGUCCAAAUCAAGGAUUGCAAGAAACAAUGCUCAGCAGAUGCGAAACUAUGCUGCAAAAGAUAUUAAAUUUGGAGUGGAUGCUAGAGCUUUGAUGCUUAGAGGUGUUGAGGAGCUUGCUGAUGCUGUUAAAGUUACCAUGGGUCCUAAGGGGCGUAACGUGGUCAUUGAACAAAGUUAUGGAGCUCCCAAGGUGACGAAGGAUGGUGUCACAGUGGCAAAAAGUAUCGAGUUUAAAGACAGGGUUAAGAACGUUGGUGCUAGUCUCGUCAAGCAGGUUGCUAACGCCACCAAUGACGUCGCUGGUGAUGGUACCACUUGUGCAACGGUUCUAACGAAGGCAAUUUAUUCCGAAGGCUGCAAAUCAGUUGCAGCUGGAAUGAAUGCCAUGGAUCUUAGACGUGGGAUCACCAUGGCCGUUGAUUCAGUAGUCACAAACUUGAAGAGUCGAGCCAGAAUGAUCAGCACAUCCGAAGAGAUAGCUCAGGUUGGGACAAUAUCAGCAAACGGAGAACGAGAGAUUGGCGAGCUUAUUGCCAAAGCUAUGGAGAAAGUUGGCAAAGAGGGUGUUAUUACCAUAUCUGACGGGAAAACACUUAACAAUGAAUUGGAAGUGGUCGAGGGAAUGAAGUUGGACAGAGGCUAUAUAUCACCUUACUUCAUCACCAAUACAAAGAACCAAAAAUGUGAAUUAGAUGACCCUUUGAUUCUAAUACACGAGAAAAAAAUCUCUAGCUUAAAUUCUAUUGUUAAAGUUCUGGAGUUGGCUUUGAAGAAUCAAAGAUCCCUGCUGAUUGUUGCUGAAGAUAUUGAAAGUGAGGCAUUAGCCACACUCAUUCUUAACAAGCUCCGCGCUGGUAUUAAGGUUUGUGCCAUCAAAGCCCCUGGAUUUGGAGAAAGCCGAAAGUCAAAUUUGCAAGACCUUGCAAUUCUUACCGGAGGAGAGGUCAUAACCGAUGAACUUGGCAUGAACCUCGAAAAAAUGUCACCAGACAUGCUAGGGACUUGCAAAAGGGUUACAAUAUCAAAGGAUGAUACGGUUAUUCUCGACGGGGCUGGUGAUAAGAAAGCCAUUGAAGAACGAUGUGAACAGUUGAGAUCAUCAAUCGAAUUAAGCACUUCUGAUUAUGAUACCGAGAAGCUGCAGGAGAGACUAGCAAAGCUCUCUGGUGGCGUUGCGGUUUUGAAGAUUGGAGGAGCUAGUGAAGCGGAGGUUGGUGAGAAGAAGGAUAGGGUUACUGACGCUUUAAACGCUACAAAAGCUGCCGUCGAGGAAGGAAUCGUACCAGGUGGUGGUGUGGCUCUUCUAUAUGCUUCCAAGGAGCUCGAAAAGCUUCAGACUGCCAAUUUUGACCAGAAGAUCGGUGUUCAAAUAAUCCAAAAUGCUCUCAAGGCACCGGUGCACACGAUUGCUUCCAAUGCUGGAGUCGAAGGUGCUGUUGUUGUCGGAAAACUGUUGGAGCAGGAUAACCCUGAUAUCGGAUAUGAUGCUGCUAAAGGUCAAUACGUAGACAUGGUCAAGGAAGGAAUCAUCGACCCCCUGAAAGUCAUCAGGACAGCAUUAGUUGACGCCGCAAGCGUGUCAUCUUUAUUGACCACAACCGAAGCCGUAAUUGUUGAGCUUCCAAAAGAUAAGGAAUCGCCAGCAAUGACUCCAGGCAUGGGCGACUAUUAAUGUCACCAGUAACCCUUUUCAUUUCCUCCAUCAAUCAUUAUUUUCAAACUGUACAAUAAUUCAAAUUAGUACCGAUUUUGGUAGGCGUUUAGAUCCAAUUCUCAACCGAUCCAAAUUUUUAAGGGUUUUUUUUUUCGAUAUAUGCUUUUUAUUGAUGCAAAACCAUCAUGUAAUCUUCGGAGGGGUUGUGUUUAACUGGAAAUUAAUGAUAGCCAAGAACGUUUUUCGGUAA